AUGGCAGAUGGAACUCGAAUGAAAACUAUGGAAGAACAACUACGCAGGCAAGAUAGCAGACUCCAAGGAAUUCUGGAAUCCCUAGCAGCAGACAAACAAAUUAUGGAAGAUAGGUUGGAUGCAGUAAGCGGGGAGCUGAGCAAUAAAUUAGAUGCGUUCAUGGUGGCCAUUUCUCAGCAGCUUUCCAGUGUGAACCGAGGGAAUUCUGAGAAGGGAUUAUUGAGCUCUCCAGAGGGAAGUCACUCCAGGAACUCUGACAUGGGGACUCGAGAGCAAGGAGAGAAAACUGUCAGGAGCACCUUCCAUGCUAGCACACCUAAAUUAGAAAUUCCAGCGUUCAGGGGAGACAAUCCCCGGGAAUGGAUCAGGAAACUUCGGAGGUAUUUCCAGCUUCUACACAUUCCUUUGGAGCAGUGGAUGGAGCUAACGGAAUUCCAUUUAGAAGGGAAAGCAGAGGUGUGGUAUCAAGGAUUCAAAUCUACUAGAGGUAACAAGGUGGAUUGGAUGGAGUUUUCGGGAGAAUUGUGCAAGCGUUUUGGAGCAUUGGGACAAAUGGAUCCAGUGGAGGAAUUCAAUAAAUUGCAGCUUUCCACCACAGUCUUAGCCUACCAGGAAAAAUUUGAGGAGCUACUCUCUGAGGUAAUGAGUCGAGCACCUCUCCUCCCAGAAAAUUAUUACAUUUCAUGUUUUUUGAGUGGACUACCAGAUGAGUUACGGUCAAUGGUGAAGACUCACGACCCUAAGACUCUAUCCAAAGCAUUCGAGCUGGCCAGAUUGCAAGAGAAUGCCUUUGAAGCUUACCACAAGAAGCACAAACCUCCCCAAAAAUCUGGUUUCGCAGGGAAUACUACACAGACUGCUGCUCAAUAUACCGCGCCUCAUACCAAGCCUGUUAUUGCCAAUGCUGUCAAGAAACAGAAUCCUCAAAGCUUCAGAAAAAUCACACCCGCAGAGCUGCAGUACAGGAGGGAGCACCAUCUUUGCUUUAGGUGCGGGGAGAAGUUUGGUCCAGGACACCAAUGUAAGCAGAAGGAAAUCCAUCUGCUGGUGGCAAUAGACGACAGUCCUGAUGAUCUGGUGGAAGGGGAGAUGAUCGAGUACAAGGGAGCACAAUCAACCAAGGGUAUAGAAAUGGAGAUACAUGCGUUAACAGGGAAAAUGACUUACAACACCAUCAAGCUGCAAGGGAGUUUCAAACGGACACCACUAUCAAUUCUGGUUGAUGGAGGAAGCACUCAUAGCUUUGUCAAAAACUCUGUGGCACGACUCUACCCAGAGCUGGUCCAGUCUAUCAAGCCUUUCAGAGUCAGGGUGGCAAAUGGGGAGUAUUUGACCUGCGACAAGAUGAUCCCAAACAUGAGCUGGACAAUGCAAGGUAAACAGUUCACUCAUGAUAUGUUUGUCAUUAACUUGGAGCCGUAUGAUGUGAUCAUAGGGGUAGACUGGAUGGCGGCACACAGCCCCAUCACAUUCGACUUCAAGCAGCUGAACAUGUCCUUUGAUGAGAAAGGGGAGAGGAUUCUUCUGCAUGGAGAAUCCAAGGAGACUGUUCUCAAACUCCCUGGUGAUAAGGCUGAGAAGGAGGGAUGGAGUACCAGAAUUUGGAAGCAUGCAUGCGGACUGCAAAUGAAGGAGACUCAGGUAAACACUGUCACUCAGCUGGACACUGAUUUUCAACAGUCCUUAGGUGCUCUGCUUAAAGACUACAAAGAUGUAUUUGGUGAACCACGGUCCCUUCCCCCUUCCAGAAACUGUGACCAUCAAAUUCCCCUAGUACCUAAUGUCAAACCUUUCAAGAUAGCACCAUAUAGGUACCCUCACAACCAAAAAAAUGAAAUAGAAAGGCAGGUGAAGGACAUGCUUAGUAGUGGAAUUAUCCAGCUUAGCCAUAGUCCGUUCGCCUCUCCAGUUCUAUUAGUAAAAAAAAAAGAUGGAACUUGGAGAUUUUGUGUUGACUACAGACAACUAAAUGACCUGACUAUCAAGGAUAAAUUCCCAAUACCUAUCAUUGAUGAUUUACUUGAUGAACUGUAUGGAGCCAAGCUCUUUUCUAAAAUAGAUCUAAGAGCUGGAUACCAUCAGGUCAGGAUGAUCAUUGCUGACAUUCCAAAAACAGCUUUCAAAACUCACCUUGGAUUGUAUGAGUUCACUGUUAUGCCCUUUGGUCUUACUAAUGCACCCGCAACCUUUCAAAGCCUGAUGAACCAUGUCUUUGAACCUUACCUGAGGAAGUUUGUGUUAGUAUUCUUUGAUGACAUCCUUGUAUACAGUCCAGACCCAGACACUCAUCUUUUGCACCUCAAAACUGUCCUAGAAACACUCCAAGCUCAUUCUCUUUUUGCCAAGCUUUCCAAAUGCGUCUUUGGACAGUCACAAGUAGAGUAUUUGGGACAUGUUAUCAGUGGAGAUGGAGUGCAGGCAGAUUCUUCAAAAGUCAAGAGCAUGAUGGAUUGGCCUGCCCCUACGUCAGUGAAAGCAUUAAGAGGUUUUUUGGGACUGACGGGGUACUACAGGAGGUUUGUGAGGGGAUAUGGACUUGUUGCCAAGCCACUUACUGAACUCUUGAAGAAGGAAAACUUCCAUUGGAAUGAGCAGGCUGAGCUAGCUUUUCAAAAACUGAAGCAGCUAAUGAGCAGUACACCAGUCCUAACUCUUCCUAAUUUCUCUUUACCUUUUAUCCUAGAAACCGAUGCUAGUCAUAAGGCUAUUGGUGCAGUCCUAAUGCAGCAGGGAAGGCCUAUUGCCUAUCUCAGUCAAGCUCUGGGACUUAAGAACCUGGGACUAUCCAUAUACGAGAAGGAGUUGCUGUCCCUUAUUACAGCUGUUUCCAAGUGGAGACAUUACCUGCUGGGCAACCAUUUCAUCAUAAAGACAGAUCACCAGAGCUUAAAGUACCUACUAGAGCAGAAGAUAACCACUCCCCUGCAGCAAAAGUGGCUUACUAAGUUGCUAGGACUGGACUAUGAAAUACAGUACAAGAGAGGUAAGGAAAAUCUUGUGGCUGAUGCACUGUCCAGGAGAGGCUAUGAAGAAGAUAGCUCUACACACAGUCUCUCAGUCAUGAAACCUGCGUGGCUAGCUGAGGUUCUGGAAAGCUACCGAGAGGAUAGUGCAGUGAUUAAGCUAAUCGAAGCCUUGACAAUUACACCUAACUCUCUUCCAAAUUACUCUUUUGAUAGGGGAUUACUCAGGUAUAAAGGCAGGAUUUACAUUGGAGCGUCAGGGAGCUUGCGACAGAAGCUGAUAACUUGCUUUCAUGACUCGCACCUUGGAGGACACUCAGGCAAUCUGGGAACCUAUCAGAGGUUGAAGGGACCAUUCUUCUGGCCAGGAAUGAAGAGAGAGGUAGAAGGUUGGGUGCAGCAAUGUGAUGUCUGUAAGAGGAGCAAGGUAGAAAAUUGCAAAACACCAGGCCUACUGCAACCACUUCCUGUCCCUGAGCAAGCAUGGCAGCACAUUGCAAUGGACUUCAUUGAAGGAUUACCUAAAUCUCAAGGAUAUGAAGGAAUACUAGUGGUCAUUGAUAGGUUUACCAAAUACUGCCACCUCUUAGCACUACCCUCCAAGUAUACAGCACAAUCAGUAGCUAGCAUGUACUUUGAUAACAUCUACAAGUUGCACGGAUUACCCCUGAGCAUUGUAUCAGACAGGGAUAGGCUGUUUACUAGCAUGUUUUGGCAGGAAUUGUUUGGGAAGCUGGGUACUGAGCUGCACUACUCCACUGCAUACCACCCUCAGACAGAUGGGCAGACAGAAAGGCUGAACAGGUGCGUUGAGACAUACUUGAGGUGUCUUUGUUUCCAACAACCUCACAAAUGGAAGUUCUUACUAGCAGCUGCCGAAUGGUGGUACAAUACCAACCAUCACACAGCCUUGAAAAUGACUCCUUUUCAGGCUCUGUAUGGUUAUCCACCCUCUCAAUUAGGCCUAGAUACCUUAGAGACCCCAGUAGCCGCUGUGGAACAGUGGUUGGGGGAUAGGAGGAAGUGGAAUGAAUUGCUGAGGGGAAAUCUAAUCAAGGCUCAAAAUCGAAUGAAGCAGUUUGCUGACAAGGACAGAAUUGAAAGGAGUUUCCAGGUAGGUGACUGGGUAUACUUGAAAUUGCAGCCUUACAGGCAAACUUCAGUAGCAAUCAGGAAGAAUCUGAAGUUAUCUUCCAAGUACUAUGGGCCGUAUAAGAUCCUUCAAAAGGUUGGAAAUGCAGCCUAUAAGCUAGAGUUACCUGCUGGUUCUUUGAUACAUCCUACCUUCCAUGUUUCCUUGCUCAAACCAUCUGCAACAAAUCGUGUUGUGACUCAGGAGUUACCCUUGACUACUGCUGAGGGGCAGAUUAAAAUUGCCCCGGAAAGUGUACUUGAUACUCGUGAAAUCAUAAGGAAAAAACAGAAGAUGACUCAAGUGUUGAUCAAGUGGGUGAACUUAGGCACGGAAGACUCAACUUGGGAGGAUGUCACAACAUGGACCGCUUUUCAAAACAAAUAUAGCAGGUCAGCCUCAAGUGAUCCAAAAGUGAACCACUGUCUCUUCUUGCAAGAAGGAAAACCAGUGCAGUUCUGGUACAUGGAUGCAUUCUCCAAGGCUAUUUCUCCAGAUGGAGAACACAAAACAAAUCAACCUGGCCAUCGCUACCCGAGAAGCUUCAUACUAAAUCACUCUGGCGGGGAGUCUAUUAAGGAAAAGUUGCUUUCCCAGUUAGAAGAAUUGAUUUACAGAAAUUUGGGCAGCUGGUCCAAACAUGAUUCCGUUGAACUUAAACGUGCAUUUUCAAUGAUGGUGUGCAAGUUUACAUCAAGGCAACUGUUUGGACGUGAUGCUGAAAGACUUCGACAAAGUACAGCUGAGAAAUUGACCAACUUUAUACAAGUUCUCAUGUCAUUUCCUUUGAAUAUUCCCGGAACAAGAUUUCACAAGAAAAGUACAUUACGGGAGAUAGUAAAGGAGAAGCAGGCUUCACUUGAUGAUAAGAUGCAUGAAGGAGACAUUCUUAGUCAAUUCGUAAAAGAUAUGAAGACGGAAAAAUUUGCACAGGAAGAUUUUGUUGUCAAGAUCUUAUUUUCUACUUUGUUUGCCACCACUGAAACAAAUUCUUCAAUAAUUUCAUUAGCUCUCAAACUACUUUCUGAAAAUCCUUCAGCAAUAGAACAAUUGCAGGUUGAGCAUGAAGAAAUCCUUAGGAAUAGACCAAAAUCAAGUUCUUCAGUCACUUGGGAUGAGUACAAGUCGAUGACAUUCACACUCCAAUUAAUUCAUGAAACCGUAAGAAUAGCAAGCAUCAGUCCUGGACUUCUUCGUAGAGCCACAAAAGAUGUUGAAGUGAAUGGGUAG